CGGAGUGUGUGUUUUAUUUCUAUCAAAGGUUUUAGUGUUUAAAAUAAAAACUUUUCGCCAAACCGGAAGUGAAUACAAACAUCCUCAGCCUUUUUCCUAUGACGUAAGGCUAGCUCCCGGUGCUACACGCGGGAAACAGGUGAAGCUGUAUAUCACUUUUGCAAGCAUCAGUCAUCACCUGUAGCUGAGAUGGGAGACACACUGGAGUUCAACGAUAUUUACCAGGAGGUUAAAGGUUCCUGGAAUGAUGGGCGGCUGCGUUUCAGCAAGCAAAAUGUGGUUUAUAAGAGCAGCAAGACAGGGAAGGUGGACAGCAUCCCGGCUGGAGAACUCAACCUGGCCCAGUGGAGACGAGUGUGCUUAGGUCAUGGCAUCAAACUGGGCACCAGCACGGGACACGUUUACAAAUAUGACGGCUUUAGGGACACGGACUUUGAGAAGAUCUCUGAGUUUUUCAAGGCCAACUACAAGGUGGAGCUAACAGAGAGGGACAUGUGUGUGAAAGGCUGGAACUGGGGAACAGCGAAGUUCUCAGGGCCUCUGUUAUCAUUUGAUGUAAAUGACAGUACAGCUUUUGAGGUCCCACUUUCCAACGUGUCCCAGUGCGCCACCGGGAAGAAUGAAGUAACUCUGGAAUUUCACCAGAAUGAUGACACAGAGGUCUCCCUCAUGGAGGUCCGGUUCUACGUCCCGCCCAGCCAGUCUGAUGAGCGACAAGACCCUGUGGAGGCGUUUGCCCAGAAUGUGUUGUCUAAGGCUGAUGUGAUCCAGGCCACAGGAGAUGCUGUGUGUAUCUUCAAAGAGUUGCAGUGUCUUACACCCAGAGGAAGAUAUGACAUUCGAAUCUACCCAACCUUCCUUCACCUCCAUGCACACAAGGACCAAAGGCAGAUGUUCUUUGUGAUCAGUCUGGAUCCUCCUAUUAAGCAGGGUCAGACACGUUAUCACUUCCUUAUUCUGCUGUUCUCCAAAGAAGAGGACAUCAACCUCACACUUAACAUGAGCGAGGAGGAUGUUGAGCGUCGUUUUGAGGGUAAACUCAGUAAGAACAUGUCGGGGUCUCUCUAUGAGAUGGUCAGCAGGGUGAUGAAGGCCCUGGUCAACCGCAAGAUCACUGUGCCUGGAAACUUCCAGGGUCAUUCUGGGGCUCAGUGCAUCACCUGCUCCUUCAAGGCGUCCUCAGGCCUCCUCUACCCGCUAGAGCGAGGCUUCAUCUACGUCCACAAACCGCCUGUGCACCUGCGGUUUGAGGAGAUCUCAUGCGUCAAUUUUGCCCGAGGCACCACCACAACACGUUCUUUUGACUUUGAGAUUGAGACCAAGCAGGGGAAUCAGUACACCUUCAGCAGCAUUGAGAGAGAAGAGUAUGGCAAACUGUUUGACUUUGUUAACGCCAAGAAGCUCAACAUCAAGAACAGAGGUUUCAAGGAGGGCAUGAAGGGAAAGAUUGACGAGUACAGCGACUCAGAUGAUGACCAGCACGAUGCAUACCUGGAGAGGAUGAAGGCAGAGGGAAAGAUCAGAGAGGAAGGCAACGACAGCGACGAAUCAGACGGCGGAAGCGAUGAGUCAUUUAACCCCGGAGAGGAAGAUGAUGACAUUGCUGAAGAGUACGACAGCAAAGCCUCGGCAAGUGACAGCAGUGAAGAAGAAGACGAAAGUGAAGAUGAGAGUGCGAAGAAGAAGAAAGCCAAGAAAGUCAAAGUGGUGAAGGAGAAAAAAGAAAGGAAACCGCGCAAAGAGAAGAAGCAGAAAGAUAGCGGCGGCCCCAAAAGGCCGAUGAGUGCCUACAUGCUGUGGCUGAACUCCAGUCGUGAGCGAAUCAAGUCGGAGAACCCGGGCAUCUCCAUCACAGAGAUCUCCAAGAAGGCCGGAGAGAUGUGGAAACAACUGAACAAAGAUGAGAAGGAGGAGUGGGAAGCAAAGGCAGGAGAGGCCAAGAGGCAGUACGACAAAGCAAAGAAGGAGUAUGCAGAGAGUGGCGGAGGAUCAGCUUCUAGUUCCAGGAAAGAGAGUAAAAAAUCUGGUGGUAAAAAGGAGGAGAAGAAGAGGAAGUCUGUCGGAGGAGAUAAGGACAGAGAGCGGGGAGGAGGCAAUGACAGUUUCAAGAGCCGAGAGUUCAUCGAAACCAGUGAGGACAGUUCCUCAGACUCUGACCACAAGAGCAAGUCCAAGAGGAAGAAGUCAAAUGAAGAGGAGGAAGAGGUUGUGUCCACACCAGCCAGUUCAGAGGAAGAGUCUGACUAAACACACAUACACAGUUCUACCCCACUUACAAAAACAAACCAAGGACCAAGCAUUUAUAUUCUCUAUGUGGAUAUCACACAAAGGACUGACAAACAAAUCCACAGACCUCAGUUUUCAUUUUUCUACAUGUUUUGCUUUAAGACAAACUUUUGGGACAGAAUCUGAAAGCUCAAGUACUAUCUGAUA